AUGACUUCUCAGGCAGCCCUGAUCGACGAGACCAUCGUCGGGUUGAAGAGAGCCCUUUUGCGGCACGCCUCAGAUGCUGCCUAUGACGAUGCGAUCAAUCUACCCUCCAACCGCGGAAACAAGACUAGGCUGAAUGCCGAAUUCGUCCGAGAGGGUACUCUAGGUUACAUGAACCAUGAACAAUUCUAUAGAAAAAAAGCGGAACACUCAGGGUAUACACGGGAUAUAUUAGAGAGCAACCCGCCACGAUUCGACGCGGAAGGAGACGAGCUUGAUUUCGACGACUCUGAUGCCGCAGCGGAUGCCGAAGCAGCAGAUGAUAACCCGUUUUCAUCAACUCACUUGGAUGGUAGUUCCCCCGCUUACAAUGAUGACCUUCUUGCUCCGUUGACACAUCCUUCCGAACUUGCGAAUCAUUCCAUGGCCAAUGCUUACACGAAUAAAGCGAUUACUACGAUGAUCGAGCGGAUCAACCGCCGACUCCGAUUAGAACGGCAUGCACUCUGGCAAGCAAAGAAUGUUUAUAGACAGCUCGUCGCGGAUUCGAUAUGGAUGCCUUGCGGUGCUGUAGAACGAGACGACGAUGCUGAGCUUUUCGGAGCAUCAAAUCCACAGUCUAUAGCUCAGGAACCAUCAGUUUCUAAUUUAACAGCCACGGCCUCUUCAGACCGUAUGAAUGUUGAUCAACAGAAUGACAACAAUGGAGAUAGCUCGGCUGGAAACGACAGAAGUAAUGAUGACUCAAGAGCAGAAAGACCAGAUGAAACCACAGAUAACACUCGCGAUCCCGACGGAGACAUAGUGAUGGAAUCCGCAGACAUAGACGAUGGGGAGGACAAAGGCCGGAGAGGAGGUGGAGGCGAGUCAGAGGGCGAUCAAACUGAAGGAUCACCAAAGGAUAAGGAUAAGGAAUUGACAGAUGACGGUUUUCUCCACCCACGCCGAAUGACAACUAGAGCACAAGUAAGUGCGAACCAAAAUACAGUUUCACAGGAGAAGCAAGAUGAGAAGGAACACGAAAUCUUGUCCCUCGAAGUUCAUCCCAUCUUUCGACUGCCUCGACUACCGCCAGAGGAGCGGAACUGCGGCUUAACCCAAAGUGAAGCUGAUGAAACCCGCCGUAUGCUAUGGGCUUAUAUACAGAAGCAAGGAGAGAGUGUGCGGCUGUUCACUGAGAUGCUCAAGAUGCUCCGCAAGUCGCACCGAAUGAAAGAAGAGGUGUGGGAGUGGUGCAAAGCGGAAGCACACAUUGGAGAGCUGAGCGAUGGAGAAGACUGGUAUGAUAAGGAGCGAUGGGGGUUAGGUGAGGGUGAGGACCUGAGGAAAGGGGCCGAUGAAGAGGAGACCGAGGGAUUGGAUGAAGGGAGACCGACUGGUAAACGGGGGAGAGGACGAAGAGCUUGA